UAUCAUGAAGCCAGAAGGAUCGUAGGUGCCAUGCUUCAACAUAUCACGUAUAGCGAAUGGUUGCCAAUCUUACUGGGACCAUCUUUAAUGUCUCAACAUGGUUUACAUUUAACUGAUCAUUUAUUUGAGGACGUGGCGAAAAAGAGUAUGGAUCUGGCGUCUUUGAAUAUAAACCGUGGACGAGAUCAUGGUCUUCCACCUUAUAAUGAUUAUAGAGAGGUAUGUGGAUUGAGUCGUCUAUCAGGAUUCCAUGAUCUCACUGAUGGUGGAGUUUAUGCUUCAGUUUACAGACAUGUUGAUGACGUAGAUUUAUUUACUGGAGGUAUAAAUGAAGUACCCGUAUCAGGUGGAUUAGCUGGACCAACGUUUGGUUGUAUUAUCUCUGAACAGUUCAAAGCCAUCAAAUAUGGUGAUCGAUAUUGGUAUGAAAAUCCCGAUCUCUCUGUUGGAUUUACGCCCAAUCAGUUACAACAAAUUAAAAAUGUAACAUUGUCUAGAGUGAUGUGUGACGUCACAGGUGUGGGUUUUAUGCAAGCUAAUGCUUUUCUCCAGACAAGCGGAUCGAACCAGAAAUUACCAUGUGAUAGUUUACCGUAUAUGGAUUUAUCCCACUGGACAGAUUUACAGAAGAAAUAAAUAGACGAAUUAAAGGGUUUACCUUGAAAUGGAAAAAAGAUGUACUUAUUUUAGUUUAAUUUUAUACUAAUCAAUGGAUUUAUAAUAUUCCUAGUUGGUUUGCUACACGUGGCUUUAUAUUAAUUUUU